AUGCCCAUAUUCUCGGAUGGCGACGACAGCGUCGACGCUCCCACGCUGCUCUACUCUACUGACGACAUGCGUACCCACCUCCAGGGUCUGCUGGAUGGCAAGGAGAAGCAGCUUCAGCAAGCGGGCACGCUCGGGCAGCAGUUGCUUGCGCAGCGCAUGGAGCUUGAAGAGCGAAUCAGGCAGCUACAGGAAGUCGAGCUUGAUGGGGACAGUGAUGAUGAAAAUGCGGAUACAAGCGUGCGAGAGAAGUACCGAGAGCUGGGCGACAUCAUCAAGACCUGGGAUGAAGAGAACGAGCAGCUCACAACCGCAUUUGGCUCCAAGGUGAAUGAUACCCGCGUUCAAGUGAAUUCACUCGAUGACUGUCUUCGCCGAAAACAGCAGCUGGCCCAUUCAGCGGACCUCUCUCGCGAACUUGACCGUCCUGAUCGCUCAGCAGAUAGGUCAAAGGCAGCCGCCGCAGGACCUUCUGCGGCUCAGUCUUCACGUCGCGCAAAAAAUGCGGCACAUCGUGCUGAUGACGUAGAGUUCGCCUUUGAGAUAGGUAGUGGUUUGCUGACUGAAGUACGACGUCUGCAGAGUCUGCUUGGAGAACGGGAUAAAGCGAUUCAGGAUAUGAAAGAGGAAAAGGAUGACCUGGACAAGACCGUGGAGAGUCUGAGGACUGCGUUAAGGCAGCAAGAGCAGUCUGCUGACAAGUUCAAAGAGGAAAACUGGAACUUGGAAGUGACUCUGCAAGAGCUGCGCGCACAGUUCACUGAUUCACAAGCAUCGGUACAAAGACUCGAGGGCGAGCAGAAGCGUGUAACGAAAAUGCUUGCAGCCGCGCGGGAAGCGGUAGAUCAGCAUAAGAACGAGGCCGAACGCCACCACAACUCAUUCCAGGAGCUGAAAGCCAAGCAUGAGACCGACAUUGCACAAGCUCGCAAGCAUGCCGCUAGCUUACAGCGAGAUAAGUCUGAUCUGCAGCAGUCGCUUGAUUCUAUGAAAGCGGAGAUGUCUAAGGCCAACAAGCGAUUCCCGCGUUUCGGCUCUCCAUUGACUCCAAACGGCGCCGCUAGCUCCGAUGCACUUACUCCCGGGAAUCAGGACGAGGAGGACGUCUUUGGGACAACUGGCCGUCCGUCCACGAACAACAGGAAGAACAUUGAUAAUACGGCGUUCUUUUCCGUUGAAGCCUUUGACGAGUUCGCCGAUUCUUCACCAGACCCGUCUCCGUCCAGGCCAUUCCUUGCUCCGAAUCAUCCUAGCAACGAAAUCGAGGCACUGCAACAACGUUUGGCUCAUGCGCAACGGCAGAUCAACACUCUUAAGGGGACGUUGCAGCGGGAGAAAGAGCUUCGUAUGGAGUACAGGCGGAAACUUGAUUCGUCACCUGGUUAUGCUAUCGAAGAGGAGGCAGAUGAAUUUGUGGAUGAGGAUGCUGAAGAGCCCAAGUCGAAGCCACAUCUGACUCCUUACCGCGUCGGCAGAGGCCGCGGUCGGGGUAGAAGCAGAGGCGGAUUGACGCUAACGCAGCGACUGGGAAUGGCUGCGUACAGUCCCUCGUCUGAAUACAACGACGAUGACCCUCAUGAAACUUCACCGCCUCCACCAGUUCCAUCGCUCCCUGCUGCAUUCAAGGUAGACGGACAUGUUGCCGAUGAAGAAAUACAGGAGGAUGAAUUGGAUGUUCAAGCAUCGCCGUCUCCUCAAGGACUUUCCAAUCGUACGAGUGUGGAUGGUAUGGAUCCCGCAUUUGCCAAUAUUCUUCGUCGGUCUUCUUCUGCAAGUUCAUUUCAGUAUAACGGAAGUCCCUUGCGACAAUCGGCUAUUGCCAGAGCAUCUCGCGGUGGUACAUUCCCGCGACGAUCUAGGGGGGGUGCAGCAUAUCAAGAAGCUCGUCCUCCAUCGCUGGUCGGGCAGCCAGAGGCUUUGGCUGCGGAGCUUGGUCUAGGUUUCGGUAUUGCUUCCACGGACAAUUCCAUCGCUCACGAAUUUACCGAGGAAACCGUACGGCCUAUCGAGACCGCUGAAUUUGCUUGCCAGACCGAAUUCGAGGAAGUCCAAUAUCCACUGCCAAUUCAUGUCAUCCCGGAUACAUCAGAGAUGGGUAUCCAAGUCGAGCCCAGCCCUGUCCCGCUUGUGACCAAGUUGGACAUCCAAGUACAGACGGAAGUUGAACCACUACCAUCUAGGCUGGACACUGCGGUCCAACAUGAGGACAUGACGCCUGUCAAGAUAUUAGUAUCGAGCUCGGUGAACACGGAACUCAUUCCUGAGCCUGUCUUGCCUUCCAAACCUGUCCUGGUACAAGCAGAGGUUCAAACUGCGGGCGUUCAUUCAGUCGAGAUUGACGUGCAGACAAUUCCUGAACCCGAACCUGAGCCUGUGGCCAAGACCGACGUGAUAAUUCAAACCUUACCGCCUGUAACAGUCGAAAUGGAAACGCAAACAUCCGAGGUUACAGUAAACGAUAUGGCCAUUCAAGCUAGCCAAGUUGAGAUUCCUCAUUUCAUGGGUCCUGUUGACAUGUCUGUCAGAGAGUCGUCUUUCGGAGAUUCUAGCGGUGACAUAACCAUUCACGCAAAUCAUGCGCGCCCUGCAUCUCUUAACCUGUCGGAAGCGGAAACAGAGGAUGAGUUCGACAUGGAGACUGAGACGGGUUCGAUGAUGGAGACGGAUACCGACGAUUACCAGGAUGCGCGGCAGAGUAUUACCAUGCCGACUCCUACUGACUCGAUAAAUGACUUCCACUCCAUCAUGACUGUUACUGACAACGAUUUCUCAGAAAGUGAAGACGAUAAUGAAAGUAUUGUCGCCUCCCGUCUGCCCAGUCGCCAAGGCUUACCUACCAUGUCCGCGGUUUCUCUUGACCUACCAUCGCCUUCUGUCUCCAUCCCAGCUCUGCCAGGUCCUACAUAUGAGGACGUGGGGACCCUCACAGACUUCAUUGAGGAAUCUGAAUCUCACGGCAUUGUAGCUGACAUUCCCAUCAUUGAGCCUGAAUCUGCUCCUGAGCCUAAACCCGAGCUAAAGGAGAUCUCGAUCCAGACAGAUGAAUGGGUCCCUCCUCCUGCCUUCGCCCCCGUUACUGCGCCUCCUACGCCUGCGCCUGGUCCCGUACCCAAUUUGUACCGUGUGGGGGUCAAUUCACAGCAAUUCCAAUUCAUUUCGCCGCCAUCGUCAGCUGGCCCAACGACCACAUCUAUGCCCAUCGUUGCCGCUCCUUCACCCAUAGCUAUCAUCAGAGACUCGAAUGCAACGUUUACUGCUCGUCCCCGCACUUCUCAUUCAGACCGACGUCAAUCCAUUGAAUCCACUCUUUCGUCUGGUCUUGACGACUUCGCCACUCGCUCUCGAACGCCUUCGACUGUACCUGGCGUCGUCGAUAAGUCUCGUCCACCAAAUAUGGCACUUCCGCCACCACCAAGGGCACCUCCACCACCUAACAGCAUGCUACCACCUCCGUUUAUACCAGAGAAGAGGCUUUCCCACGAUAUACCCCCACCGCGUCCGUCCUCUCCCCCUCCUCCAGAACUUAUUCAACGGGCGACUACUCCUACCUUUGGAAGCGCCCUUUCAGUUCCAGGGGGGAGAAACUUCGGAUUGCGCCAACAUGGGUCCAGUAUGCCCCCAUCUCAGCAAGGAUUGCGUGAACUACCCUCUACAAGCAGUUUCCGAUCCGCCGCGAACGCUGCCGCACGGGCACCGCUGUCAAGCCCGACUCCUUCGUCUAUGUCAUUCGGUAUUAAAGAAAGGGAGCGACGGGAACUUUCUACCACGUCUCUCAACUCUGGUGGUCGCAGUUUAGGUUCCCAGCGGUCGUCCAUCUCUUCCGAUCAUCAUGGUUUCCAGCCCCAAAGGCUAGCAGAUGCGGUAAAUAUUACAGACCGCUCGGCUGACGUCUCAUCUCGGAGUGUUGGUUCGACGGACCCGACAAUUAUUCAUGCCAUUACCCAGACCAUGAUCGGCGAAUUUUUAUUCAAGUACACUCGUCGGACUAUUGGAAAGGGUCAUGGAUCCACGAGACACAAACGGUUCGUCUGGAUUCAUCCGUAUACUCGGACCCUGUACUGGAGUUCAGCCGAUCCGGGGUCGUCGAACGUGAUUGAGUCGAGUGCCAAGAGCGCGUACGUUGAGGGAGUGCGCUCAGUACUUGAUCCCAAUCCCAUGCCGCCCGGUAUCUAUCAAUACAGCGUUGUCGUGUCCACCCCACAGCGAGAGAUGAAAUUCACCGCGCCCACAAAGGAGAGGCACGAUAUCUGGAUCAAUGCUUUGAAAUAUCUGCUGACGCGUCCAGGUGCUGUGCCGACAACUUCCCCGGGCGGACCGCCGGUUGCUCCCCUGAGCCCGAUGUCUAUCAACAGAGACCUCCCAGAUGAAGAGAAUAAUGGCCAACAUCUCAUCGCGAGUCCCCAGAGUCAGCGUAGUGCUAGGACCACGAGAACUGCCCUCAGCGUGGAGUCUUGGAAUGUCACUCCUCGCGGCCAAAGAAGUCACUCGCAGAUCUCUCUCGGAGGCUCUGUUGGAAAACGUUCGGGUACACCUGCAGCCGAAUACCUUCGGUGGAUGGAACAUGAUAAUCUACACAGUCCCACAAAGGAGUAUGAGCAUAUUCCGGCACAUGAUGAGGGGGAUCUCGAUUUCGAACUGCAUGAUGAUACCAUGUCGGAUGGAGGUUUCGAGGGACUAGAGAAUGUACGCGCUUGUUGCGAUGGACGGCACACCGUCGGGCGGUCUGGCAAACAUCACCAUCAUCACCACGAGCAUCACCACGAGCAUGUUCAGAAGGAGCCGCCGCGUAUACGAGAUCAACACUUGCAGGCGGCGGUUCCGGAAGUUGCUCGACCUGCGUCUCCCGCAUGGUCGUUCCGAUCGCGUGCGGGCAGUGCGACAUCGCACGAGGGUGCUGGAUUUUUUUCUCGAUUUGGUACGCGGCGGUCGACGAAAACUGUACCAGGUAUAUCCGCUGGAGGUCAUGAUCAAUCAUAG